AUGACUCCAGCCGACUCCGUACGACUCCAGACGAAUCCGUACUACUCCGAUAUUGGGUUACCUCGACUCCAGCAUGGCUUCAAUAAAUUUCACUUCGACAACGUUUCCAAUAUCGCACACCCAUACCAGGGGCGAGCACGCGCGCACCCAACUAUUCCGUCGCGGGACCGUGCGGACACCGCCGCAGUCGGCUGCGGGACACCGGGUCCGCGUUACACGGGUUGGCAGCAGUUCCGGACUUCUCGCCAUUCUCAAACUGUCCACGGACAGCCGCGCAAGCUGACGCCGGACGGGCGGACGGACCUGUUGGAUGCGCUGGCCCGGUUCUCCUACUUCGACCGGUGGUCGGACGAGCAGCGGCGGGACUGCUGCCACCGGGCCCAGAUCCGCCAGUUCGAGCCGGACCAGACGGUGUUCGUGGAGGGGCAGGCCCCCGUCAACUACGCGCACUUCAUGCUGAGCGGCGAGUGCGGCCUGCUGCAGUGCCUGAAGCUGCACCGGUGGCGGGACAGCCGGACGGCGACGGAGCGCUACCGACUGUCACGUGCGCAGCCGACCGAGGACGAGAUUACCCGCUUUCAUCGGCGCCGGGCGCAACGGGUGGACGCACUGCACACGGUGGAGCCUUUGCCGACGGUCGGACCGAGCAGACCGCCACCGCCGACUGGCCGGGACCGGAUCGAGUACCAUUUCGUCGACAUUGCGACGUACAGCCGCGGCUCCGUGUUCGGCAUCGGCGAGCACAUGGUCGACCGGGCGGUGUACGCGCGCACCCCCGUCCAGUGUCUGCUGAUACCGCGCUACUGGCUGCUGGAGAAGCCGCAGAACCGGGGCAACAUCUGGAACCGCGUUCGGUGCUUUCUCGAGCAGCGGCAACCGUCCCGCGAUCGGCUGUUUCGCUGGUUUCUCACCGAGCUGCUGUGGCACCGGUACCGCCGCCAGCUGGUGGACGAUUUCCGGCUGGAUCAUGCGCCGCGCCAUCUGCCCCACCCGAGCGACGUACCGCUCGUGUGCCGCAUCGAGGAGUGUGAUGUGCAGCGGCACGACUAAGACCGCGGGUCGGUUGGUUGGAUGGUUGGUUUGUUGGUGGCAAGACACGGCUGGUACAGCGGUGUACAGCUGUUGGUAAACAAAAAUACUCUUGCUACUCCUUCCCCUCCUGCUUCUACCGCUCCUAUCGCCUAACUAACUCUAGCUGGUCUGUGGCGCCGACUGUUGCUGCGGUGCUGCGUACGGUUUCGGUUCGUUCAGCUCCUGCAGUUCGUUCAGCACUGAGUGGCAGUUGAUGGUGCGCUCAAAUUGCUCUAUACAGUACAGGAGAAAAAUACACAUCAAUAUAUGACCCAGUAGAAUGCAGUUUGCGGUGCCCGCUUACCGAAGGAGAUGACUCCCCGCUGGCUGGUGUCUGCCUCCGCAAACAGCUGAUUGCACUCCGCCGGCGUAACAGACGCUAGAUGCUUAACUGCCUGGUAAAGACCGUCGCUUCCGAUCAGAUCACGCUCCUCACUGUACAGCUGCAAUAAAGAAUGCAAUCGUAGCAUAUAUCA